AUGCCGAGACGGAGAAACGUAGUUAAGAACGUACAGUGGUUAAGUGAAGAAAUACAAAAUGAUCAAAACCUUUCUACUUCUUUUCACUUCUACCAAAAAUUUCAGUUUAAAGAGUUAGUGGCAGAAGUUGGCGAUCACAUUCUGGUGUCCAAUGCUGAUGCAGCGGAGCCAGAUACUGAAGAAGGUUGUGAUGCGGCGAGGAUUGUGUCUCUUUAUGAAGAUCGGUCUAAUACAAAUGACCCAUUCAGAGCUAAAGUCCAAUGGUAUUCCAGACCUUUAGAUUUACCAAAAGGAUGCGUGAACAACUCAGAACAGAUUGAAUUCUACGAAAAAGAGGUAGUACAAGAUCACAGACCAUUCAACACUGAUGUAUCAAUAGAAACGUUUUUCAAAAAAUGUACAGUGAUACAUACAUUCACUAAAGACACAGAUGAAAUCAUAAAACAGUCAGCAUCACAUUACAUUUGUCGUUAUCGUCUUAUAGCUGUUGGAAGGAAAAAAGUUAUGCUUGAACCUGUAAUGGAUGAAGAAAGGAAAGCAUUUCAACUGUUAAGCACUCCCACAAAGAAUUAUGCAACUCCCCAAAGCAAAACGCCUAAAACACCUAGCAGUUUGGUUAAAAGAAUGGGCAGAGUUUCAAUAUCAGAUAAAAAUUGGAGUGUCAGUAAAAAUGAUGGUACUAAACUACUCCUUAAAAGAGCUAUACUAACAGACAAAAAUGAAAAGGCCUCACCCAAAGCGGCCACACCAAAAAACAACACCUUCACUCCAGUUACAGAAACCCCAAAGAGUGCUAAGAAAUUAAGCAAAAAAAAUCUUGAAGAGAUUCUGUCUAUGGAAUUAAAAGAAAAUUCGGAUGAAGAACUUCCUACUUUAAUUAUAAGGCAACAUGUACCGUCAACACCUAAACGGAAAACCCGAAUGAAAACGGAUGAUGAAACUCCAAAGAAGGCUUUAGUGUUCGAGGAUGAUGAAAAGGAUGCAUGCACCACCUAUUCCACGAGAUCUGGAAGAAUUACAAGGAAUCCUGUAUACCAUGAGGAAAUUUCACCUGUUAAAAGAACACCUAGACGAACAAUCCAUAGAAAUUCAAGCUGCAGUGAUGAUGACUACAGAAUUAAAACCCCCAAAGUUCCUAAAACUCCAAAGACGCCUAAGACACCAAAAACACCAAGAGCAAGAAGCUCUAUAGCGAAAACGCCUAAAAGUAUAUCAAGAAGAAUUCUUACCAGUGAACUAACACCUACCCUACACAGCAGGGUACAUUCCAUUGAUAACAGUACUGAUUACAUAAAAGAAAACAAAUCUCUUCCCGGCAGAGAAAAUCAAUUGCAUGAAAUAUUGUCAUUUGUAAAGAGCAAGUUGUUACAUGGAAUUAGUGGAUGCAUGUACAUAUCUGGUGUCCCGGGCACUGGAAAGACAGCUACAGUGAAUUCAGCGCUACAUAUAUUGAAAGAAGAACCCGAUCUUCCCGAAUUUCAACUGGUUGAGGUCAACGGAAUGAGGAUCGCUGAACCCAGACAGGCUUAUGUACAGAUAUACAAACAACUCACAGGGAAAUCUGUGGUAUGGGAACAGGCUUGUUCUUUAUUGGAGAAGCGAUUCACAAACCCUGGACCUCGGAGGACACCGACUGUGCUGCUUGUAGAUGAGUUGGACGCGCUAUGCAAUAGACGUCAAGACGUACUCUACAGUAUAAUGGAGUGGGCUGCCCACAAUACAGCGCUUCUCACAGUAUUGGCUGUGGCUAAUACUAUGGACCUUCCAGAACGAGCGUUAGCUUCAAGAGUGGCUUCUAGACUGGGACUCACUAGAUUAACGUUCCCUCCAUACACUCACACACAAUUACAAUGUAUAGUAGCCACGAGACUGGCCGGAGCUAAUGUGACGCCUGACGCGGUACAACUCAUAGCCAGGAAGGUAGCAGCUGUAUCAGGUGACGCUCGUCGCGCGCUCGCCCUGUGCAGUCGAGCGUUGGAGCUGAGUGGCGCUGGGGGCGCAGGCCUAGCGGAGGUACAGCGAGCGUUGAACGAGGCCGCCUCCAGUGCCCCCGUCCGAGCUAUUAGGAACUGCUCCCCUGCUGAGAGACUCAUACUGAGAGCUGUGGCCGCUGAGGUUGAAAGAACCGGUUCAGACGAGACAACUUUAUCCCGUGUAUUACAAACGGCCGGUGCGAUCGUCGCCUUAGACGGUCGACCGUACAGAUCAGCACCUAAUAUUCGCCCACCCACACCUUCUCAAACCUUAGCCAUAUGUGCUAGACUGGCAGCUAUCAAACUUCUUCUGAUGGAACCAAAACCUGCUGAACCCAGAAUACUUCUAAAUGUUAGCGCUGAUGACGUCCAUUAUGCGACUAAACAGAUUACUGUGUGA